CAAGGACUGUUUUGCAUCGUAUUCCCCUACGGUACCGUAACGUACUCGUACCUUUCUGGAAGAGACGACGUAUUACAUGCUUCGAGUACCAAGUAGUAGUACUCGUACCGCACAAAACGAACAACGACAGGGAGCAGGGAACAUCCAUCGAAACCAUCAGUCCAACCCUACCGGUACGGUGCCAACAUCAAUCCAUCAUCAAUACAGUAGUGAAUAGAACAAUCCAGUUCGUACACAAAUCAUACAAGUUGGUCCAUCAUGGCUUCAUUGCAGCUCUCCAGACACGCUAGAAACCUCGGCGUCAUUAACAGCCCCGCCGUAUUGUACAAACGGAUAUUGAAGUAAGUGUGAUGUCGGCGAUUGAAUUAGGGGGGAGCGGAAAUAGAAGCCAAAGUGACAGAAUAUGAUUACAAAAUAAUGGUGAAUAUUUUUCCUCGCAUUCUGUGUUAUUCAAUAAUCAUGUCUUUGCCUUCGCAUCGGCAUCGCCUUGCCGGUAUUUUUAUUUGCGGUGUUUAACAAAAAAAGCCGAAGACGAAAUUUUUCUGACGUUCGCUUUUUAUUCGUUUAAAUCUCGCUUUGUUCGAUGCCACUGUGCUUUACCACGUUUUAAAAUUGAAGGGAACUUCCCCGCGUUCUGAUGAUCUACGAUAUCGACAUGCCUAUCGAAAAGGCGAAGGCGACUAUUCGUGACCGAUUCUACGACAACAAGGACGUUAAGGACCACCGUGUCCAGGAAAUGCUGAUCGAGACGGGGUAUUUCGCUUUGGAAACGUCCAUGCUUCAGCACAAACAAAAGAACCAUCUUAUGCACUUCCUAGAGGGUUACACAACCCCCUUGGAAGGGGAUCGGAAGCGAUUGGACCAGGAUUCGACGAUCCUGGACCAGUUUGCAAGAAACUAAAAUGAUAUUUGGAACUUGGAUUAUAUAAUCCAUAGUAGUUUGGUUAAAUGGAUGGAGAAAGAAUGCUGCUAGACAGACAAUCUAUUCCAGGAUUACACCAACAGCAUAUCAUUCGGCUAUUCAUAUAGAGUUCGAGUCGAUCACAACGGAGUUGUGAACUCAAUGCUCUCGAUGAUCACUCGACGGUCACUCGUCGAAUAACUUAAAGAUGCAUGA